GGGCAAAAGAAGGGUUUUGCUUGUUCAGAUCCCAUAAAGAUUGGAUAACUAUUGGUGUAUGAUUUGCUUGGAUAAGCAUGCCUUAGGCGUCUUCGUCACCCUCUCAAUUAUUUAUUUAAUAUUACACCAGUAUCUUCCAAUAUAUUAGUAUUUGAUAUCCGAGCUGCCAGCAAUCCUGGAAGAAAAAAAACUGAGUGGAAAAUAAUUUUACGUAAUGAUGUGGAGAACCGAUCAAUGGAUAUGCCUAGAAGAAAUAAAGACAAAAGGAAAUGAAGUGUCUUAAGGUCGUUUAAACCGUAGCAAAUGCAAAGGCGGGGAGAAAGAUGGCCUGGUUAAUCCGAUCCAAAGCUCGAUUGCUUGUAUCAGCAACAAGGCCAUUGCGGGCACCUGUCGACUCUUUUCAUUGCUCACGUUUCUCUGAUCUUACUGAUCACUCUGUUUUCAGUUUCCCAAGGAAAUGGCUUCGUUCAAAGGCGAGGAGAUUGAAUGAUGUGGAUGACAACCAAUCAGGAUCAUCGUCCUCACCCCAUAUCAAUAGGAGGACCACAGUUUCACAGUUGGAGGUUUCAAGCAAUUCGCGUGUCAGGGUGGACUUGUUUGAUGAGUUGAAACAGAGAUUUCUGAGUUUUAAAGAGCACAAAUAUUUCAGGGAAGAAUUGGAGCAUUUUCAAACCCUUAAAGAAGCUCAAUCACCCAAGUUCAUGGUAAUUGCUUGUGCAGACUCCAGGGUAUGCCCUUCUACGAUUCUUGGAUUUCGACCUGGAGAAGCCUUCAUGAUUCGAAAUGUUGCAAAUCUUGUUCCUCCGUUUGAGAAUGGACCAUCGGAAACUAAUGCUGCCCUUGAGUUUGCAGUAAAAACUCUUGAAGUUGAAAACAUAUUAAUCAUUGGUCACAGUUGCUGUGGAGGAAUUCAAACCCUUAUGAGCAUGCGAGACGAUGGAGACUCCAGUUUUAUCAAAAGCUGGGUUACAACUGGGACAGUUGCCAAGUUAAGAACAGAAGCUGCGGCAAACCACCUUAGCUUUGAUCAACAAUGCAGACUCUGUGAGAAGGAAUCCAUAAACCGCUCACUACUGAACUUGCUAACAUAUUCCUGGAUAGAAGACAGGGUGAGGAAAGGACUGCUUUUUGUUCAUGGAGGAUACUAUGAUUUUCUGAAUUGUACAUUUGAGAAGUGGACGCUUGAUUUCAAGGGAAGCAGUGGUGAAGAAGGGGCCAGGCUCUUAGUCAAAGACCAAGAACUUUGGUGCUGAUUGUCUUGCCCUUGUAUCCAUCAUAGAUAGAAAUCUUCCUUCCCGUAAAGAUCGAAAAUGUAAACAAAAUUGAUUUGAAGAUCUUCAUAGGGACUAAUCAUUGUUAUAAACCAAGAAAAUUAUAUCACUACUAAGCCACAUUAUAAUACAGAUUUUUGUGGAAAUGAAUUGAACCACAUUGCAUUUUGCAAUUGCUA